AUGGUUAAAAGGCUCAAAAUUAAUGAAGAUAUAUGGAUACCGAAGCAUAUAUCGGAUUUAGACUUGUGCAAUCACAUCUUGGUAAAAUUCGAGCCAGAACUACAUUGCUCACAUCCGGGCUUUGCUGAUAAAGAAUACAGAAAAAGGAGGGCCAGUAUCGUUAAAAUGGCAUUCGAUUAUAAAUUCAUGGAUGGUCCCAUACCUAGGAUUCAAUAUACACCGGAAGAAACAAAAACAUGGUCACUCAUAUACAAAAAAUGCAAAGAUUUACACAUGCAUUACGCUUGUGAAGAAUACAAUAGACUCUUUGAAUUAUUAGAAAAUGAAGGCAUUUUUCUACCAACAGUUGUCCCUCAAUUAGAGGAUCUCUCCAAUUUUUUGAAAAGAAAAUCGGGAUUUCAAUUGCGGCCAGCGGCUGGCUUACUAACGGCCAGAGAUUUUCUUGCUAGUUUAGCUUUCAGAGUCUUUCAGGCCACUCAAUACAUGAGGCACACCUCUAUGCCAUGGCACACUCCUGAACCUGACGUAAUUCACGAAAUUCUAGGCCAUAUUCCUAUGUUAGCAGAUCCUGAAUUUGCCCAACUAUCUCAGGAAUUAGGAUUAGCUUCUUUAGGUGCUAGCGAGGAAGAAAUUGAUAAAUUGGCUACCCUUUAUUGGUUUUCGGUGGAAUAUGGUUUAUGCAAAGAAAAUGGAAAAAUUAAAGCUUACGGAGCUGGAUUGAUGUCAUCUUUUGGAGAAUUAGAACAUUCCAUAUCUAAUAAUCCCAAACUGCUUCCCUUUGAACCAGAAAAAAUUGCUAUUCAACCAUACCAGGACAUAACUUAUCAAGAUAUUUAUUUUGUUGCGGAAAGUUUUAAAGAUUCUAUAGACCAAAUAUUGAAAUAUACAAUGAAAUUUCAAAGACCUUUCGAAGUUGCUUAUAACCCGUUCACUCAGUGCAUCAUAAAGGUGGGCAACGUAAAGUUGUUAUCCGAUCGGUUAAAUUACGAGUCAAACAAGUUUGGUUCCUGGGCUUAACAAAUUGCCUCUGAUAUAAAUCUCACCAAACAUCUCUAAAUUCAUUAUUUUGUAUUCUUAAAUUAAAAUCCGUAGAAUAUGACAUCAGAAUAUUUAUUAUAACCCUAAA